AUGGACACCUUACUCAUGGCACCUACCGAGCAGCGAACAGCAGAUAAAAGAUUCCGUCUAUCCUGGACCAAGAAGACUGUCCCACUGAAGAACUCAGUCCUGUUCUCAAAAGCAAAACACAGCCAAGAGUGGCACCAAAACAUCGAAGCCACAUCUGGAGUGCUACAUCCAUCCGAUAGCAAAUUCUCAUACGCAGCUCUACAAAAUCACACCGACUCCUAUCUCCAGAGGAAGGGAAAACUCAGCCAGGCCGAUACAGACUUAAGACUAAGAAUACUAGUUGAAGGCCAUGAACCAAGAUCCAUCGCCAUUGCUGCGGUAUCGCAUGUAAUGACAGCAAAGACUUUGCGCUCCCUUCUCUCGUCAGAGUUGAAUGUUGCGCAGGUGAGCUACUGGGGUCUCGAUACAUGGUUGCAGUGCCUUAUUGCUGCAAACCACGGCAACCCUGCAUCAGUGACCGACUUCGAAGCAAGCUGGGCGCGUAUGCUGCUUCCAUAUGCCAGCCAUGGGGCUUCCGCGGCUGGUCUAUAUAUCCAAGGAAUAUAUGCGACUAUGCGUCAAUCAAACGUUUCGAAUCUCGAUAGUCUCCCAGAGUUUGGGGUGCUCCUGCGACGCGCGUUUACGGACUAUGCGGCGCAGUUGGAAGGCUUUAGGGUGCGGUAUGAGUGGAAAGCGGCUCGUGAGGCGACAUCUUGGCUGGAGGAUUUGAAGAUUACGGCGGCGAUGAAGCAAUCGGCGGGAGUGACCAGUGCAGAACGUCUCUUUGAUGCUUUCUUUCCGGUGUGGAGGAUAUGGGCCUCGUGGAAGCCUGAUGUCAAACGCCUCGCAAGACUCGCUAUCUCGAAGGGCCAGAUACAGUGA